ACAGAAUGUCCGUACGUGUAUCCAGCAUUUCACACCGGAGGACUACAAGUGGGGUAUGCAGACCAAGCUGAUGGGGGGCAAUUUAUCAACACGGUAAUGACUUCUGAAGCCCCAAAGAGUAAUGAGGACAAAAAUAUUCUGCCUACAACUAAAGGAACCACGUUUUGGCAAGUCGCUACAUUCGCACCAUGUUCAUGGUGCAGUUCCGAACCGUUUUUGACCACCCUGUCGAGGGUCGGGACGGGGGCAAAUGGCUUUUGCGUCUGAGGCAGGGCAACAGCAUGGCAUCAGAGUAUGUCCUGUCAUUCCGAAUGGUGGCAGCGUCCAGAUGGAUGGAGGUCCAGAUGGAGCUGGUGUGCGUAAGCAGUUCCAUGUCGCUGGGCACCUUCAUCGCCCGGGCGAUUGCCAACGAUGGGCAGCUCCGACACUGUGACCGCAUGGCCCGCCGUUUCCAUCGCUCUCAGAUGGAGCCGGAGCUUCCCAUGCAGUUGUGGAUCACCAGGCUCCCCGUGGAGGCGAGAGAAUGCCGGAGUCGUCAGGGGCUGUGCCUGUUCUGUGGGGAAAAGGGGCAUUUCCAGAAGGGGUGUUCCUUGGCCCAGACGUGGUGCAGGAAAUGGGUCUGUCCCCCUUCCAGGUGUGCCCCUGGAUGGGGAGUUCUGGUACCAUUCAGGCUGUGGAGGAGUGGCUAAGAAGUCAGAUGAGGUCUGCUCCGCUGGCCAUGCCGCCUGGAGGAGGCAGUACGGCAUCAGAAGGAGCAGGCAAACAGGCACCGGAGUGACGCUCCAGAGUACCGCCCAGCAGACAAGGUCGGUGGUUCCUAGUCCGCUGGGGAGAUCUGGUCCUGCAGGAGCGCAUCCAGUAGAGGUGGCUGGGGGUCUGGUGUAUCGAGUGGACUUGAUCCUGGACUCCCAGCUGCGGCGGGGCCAGGUCCAGUACCUGGUGGACUGGGCAGGUUACAGCCCUGAGGAGCACAGUUGGGUCUGGGCAGUGGACAUCUGCGGCCCCUCCCUGACAUCGGAAUUCCAUGCUUGCCGUCCGGACUGGCUUGCUCCUUGCCUUAGGGGUCAUCCGGGUCGCCGGUGGGUGGCGGCAUCAGCAGCCUCGCCUGGGGCGAGAACUGUAAAGUCUGCUCCGCGUGGGACAACUGCACCCCUUCCUCUACGGCACUGCACCUCGCCAGUGUACUAAACACCGGCAGGAGAGUGAUGGCAGCAAUGCAUCCUGAGGACGCACCUGUUUCCAAUCACUGUUUAUUUGUGUAUAUAUUCUGCUGUUCACUUCCUGCAACUCACAGAUUAUUAGUUUUCUGUCGUUUGCUGUG